UGAUCUAUUCCAUUUUAGGGUGUACAGGCCGGUUAUUUUGACCCGAAAGGAUAGAUUGCAGCAACUUAAGUAGCGUCAGUAAUAAUUUCGCUGUUGUAAAUUUAAAUUUGUAUGAAAGUAAGAAGUAAAUAUUUACCAUGAGUACGGAUAGUAUUGAGAAGUUAUAUAAAAAUUUUGGGAUUCUUGCUGAUGCCAAAGAUAAACUUGUUGAGCAUGAAAAAGAGUAUUUGGAAAUUCUAACAGCUGUUAAGGGAUCUGCUAAAGAAAAGCGAUUAGCUUCGCAAUUUAUUGCCAGAUUCUUUAAGCAUUUUCCAAAACUAGCCGAUCAAGCUAUAGAUGCUCACUUAGAUCUCUGCGAAGAUGAAGAUAUCGCUAUACGAAAACAGGCUAUCAAAGAUUUACCAUCGUUAUGUAAAGACAACACAGAACAUACUCCAAGAAUAGCUGAUAUCUUAGCUCAGCUUUUGCAAGCUCAGGAUCCAACAGAACUUGAUGUGGUACAUAACAGUAUUAUGACUCUUAUAAAAAAUGACUCAAAAGGUGCAUUGAGUGGAUUUUUCAGUCAAAUUCUUAAUGGUGACGAUUCAACUCGUGAACGUUGCAUUAAAUUUUUGGGUACUAAAUUGAAAGCUCUUGGUCAUAGUGUAAUUACAAAAGAUGCUGAGGAUUUAUUGAUAGCAGAAUGCAAGAAAGUAUUACAGGAUGUUACUGCUAGUGAAUUUCAUAGCAUUAUGGAUGUAUUGGCCUGGACAAAAUUGGGCUCUACAAUUAAAGGACAACAGGAAUUAAUUGAUAUUGCAAUAGAACAAGCGGAACUUACUGUACCAUUCAAGCACACAAAUUUGGAACAAUGUAGCAGGGUUAUUGAAUGUAUAAAACACGCACUUCCCUUUUUUAAUUCUCAAACGAGUUCUUCAAAAUUCGUUUCAUACCUUUGCGUACAAGUUUUACCACAUUUAUCACUGAUUUCAUCGAUUGAAGGUCGAGACACUCAAUUGGAAAUUUUAAAACAAUUAGCUGAACUUUCAGAAUUUUGUGGUACACUCGAAAAAGCGGAAGAUAAAGUUCAACAACUUUACAAUGUAUUAAUCACCUUCAUGCCACUCCCUCCUGAUGCAGAGAUAACAGAAGUUCCAAAACUUCAAUUCAGUCAUGUCGAAUGUUUGAUGUACGCGUUUCAUAAACUUUGCAAACAAACUCCAGAAUUUUUAACUAAAGAUGCAGAACAAUUAAAGGAAUUUAAAUUAAGAUUGCAGUAUUUUGCUCGUGGUAUUCAAGGAUAUAUUAAAAAAUUGCGUGAAGCAAUUAAUGGAAAAACAGAAGAGGAAUUAAAAACAGAAGAAAAUCAAUUGAAAGUUGUUGCAUUGAAAACGACAAAUAAUAUCAACACUUUAAUUAAGGAUUUGUUUCAUUCGCCACCCAGUUUCAAAAGUAUCGUUGAAUUGUCUUGGAAAACUAUCACCAACUCACAAAAGACCGAUAAAACAGUGUCUGGACACAAACGUCACACGCCUAUUACUUUUGGAAAUGAUAAUAGUCAAAAUAAACGCAAUAGAGACGAUAUGAAAAAUAAUAAAAGGGAACUUUAUACUCCACCAAGUGGAAAGUACAGCUCAAACAUCUCUUCAAACUACGGAAAUAGAGGACGACUUCGUGGUUAUAAGCAAGGGGGUAGAGGCGGUUUUAGGCAAAGGGGUCGCAGUAGUUGGCGAAAUAAGCCCUAUUAAUAUUGAUUUAAAGUUUAAAGUACAUUUUACAAAAAACGAAUCGUUUUUCACUAAGAGACACAAAAGAGAUGAAAAUGAAUUUAGAAGCACAUCAUGUGAAUUAAAAUAUUUUUUUAUUUUGCUUAACAACUUCUCAAGUUAUAUCUCUCUUUCGUUGAUUUGAAAAGUGUGCUCUUAUUAUUAUUAUUUUUUUUUUUCAUUAAGAGCUUUGAAGAAUUUUAUAGGGCGAGGUACAUAAAUUUGAAUUUUAUGUAUUUUUUUUUUCUUUUAAUGUCAAAACAUUUCAGUAAUGGGACAACGUUAACGAGAGAUUUUCAAGUGUUAAAAUACUGUCGAAAGGAAUCAAUCUUUUAACACCGAUUUACUACUGAAAGUGAUAUAAUUCGUUCACUAUAUAGGGAUUUUUCAUUUAAAGAAGAAAAGCCAUCCGAAAAGUUGUCUCCUCAACUUUUGCGAACUUUUCCUAUUAUUUCCCGCUUUCCGUUUAAUAAUUAUUGUCCUUUAAAAAAAAAAAAAAAAAAAAAAAAAAAUUCAUAAACCUUUAAAAAAGCCACUUGUAAAAUGUUUUAUAGCAAAUGUUUGUUCUUUAAUCAAAGAAACAUUUUAAGUUUUAUCAACAUGAAUAUCGUACCAAAGAAUGCAAUUUUUUUUUAAAAAAAGCAAUUCAAAAAAAAAAAUUUUUGAAUUGACUUUUAUUUGCAUUUUUGUUAAAAUUUAAAUUUAAGAAAUUAUUUUAAUUUUUAUUAAAAUUUUUUUCCAAAUUAAUAAAAAAAAAAAAGAAAAAUAUCUUGAAACAUUUUUUUUUCUCUUUGGCAAAUUUUUGUUCACUAGUGACGGAAACAGUUUCUUUGAUUAGUGACAAGUACAUUAACCAUAACAAUUUUUAUUACACUUUUCUUUUUCAGGUUCCAGAACUGAUUUAACAUUUUGCAAUGGAAGCAAAGCCGGAGAAGCUCACAUUAUAGAAUUCCGAAAAUCAAUUUUAGAUUGGAAGUAUCUUGAAAUUUCAAUAAUUAGAUUUAAUUUUUAAUUAAAAUCAAAAAAAAAAUAUAUAUAUAUAUAUUCUUAAUUAACAAAUAUUAACAUUUUUCUAUAUAAUUGAUACUUUAAAUUUGAGCUAAAAAAAAUGACGAUUAUUUGGCCAUAUUACAUGAAAAACAAAUGUUUAAUAAUAAAAAUUUUCAAGAACUCGAAA